GCACGAUAUGCCUUUUUCUCCACUUGAGCACCUGCCCCUAUUUAUUACUUUAUUCUGGUAUUAUUAGGACUUUAUUCUCGUAGACCUAAUAUUAUGUCUAUAUUCUCGUAAUUUCCAAAAAACAAUUUGUUUUAUUCUGGCACUAAUACUCCGUCGUAGAAAUGCAAUCAAAUUUCAAUUUUCUUCCUUUAAAAUUAGAGUAAUUUAUUUCAGGCAAUUCUGUAACCAACCUUUCCGGUCCGGGGUCCUUCCACAAUAACAUCAUGGCUGCCCUCUGUAGAGGCAGACAUAGGUGGAAAGGAUUGAAAGGUUUGCUGGUUUUUACCAGAAACUUUACAGGGAGGUAUGACUAUGACUUGGUGGUUAUUGGUGGUGGUUCUGGAGGCCUGGCCUGCUCCAAAGAAGCGGCACAGCUAGGACAGAAAGUCGCUGUUCUAGAUUAUGUGGAACCGACUGCUAAAGGAACCAAGUGGGCUCUUGGUGGCACAUGUGUCAAUGUUGGCUGCAUUCCUAAGAAGCUCAUGCAUCAGGCUGCUCUCCUUGGGACCGCCAUCAAAGAUGCAAAGAAGUACGGCUGGCAGAUGCCCGAGACAGUCCACCAUGACUGGGCUACAAUGGCAGAGGCAGUCCAGAACCAUGUCAGAUCUUUAAACUGGGGCCACAGAGUCCAGCUCCAAGACAAGAAGGUAAAAUAUCUGAACCUCAAAGGCAGUAUGCUGGAUGAACACACAGUGAGAGGUCUGAGCAAAGCAGGAAAGGAGACGAUCCUGACUGCCAAGAACAUUGUGAUCGCCACAGGUGGACGACCCAAGUACCCCACACAAAUUCCUGGAGCAGUGGAGCACGGCAUCACCAGUGAUGACAUCUUUUGGCUGAAAAGGGCUCCUGGAAAAACACUCGUGGUUGGAGCCAGCUAUGUUGCUCUCGAGUGUGCCGGCUUCCUAACAGGCAUUGGCUUGGACACCACAGUGAUGGUUCGCAGCGUCGCCCUCCGGGGUUUUGAUCAGCAAAUGGCAGGUCUCGUGACGGAUUACAUGGAAGCUUAUGGGACCAGGUUCAUGUGGAGGUCUGUGCCGAAAAGAGUGGACAAGCUCUCCUCAGGGACCCUGCAGGUGACGUGGAGCGACACGGAGACAGGCAGGGAGCACAAAGACACCUACGACUCUGUGUUAUGGGCAGUCGGAAGAGCUCCUGAAACCAAAGCCCUUGGCCUCGACAAGCUGGGUGUGCAGCUCAACAAGCAGUCGGGGAAAAUACUUGUAGGCCCUGACGAAUCUACCUCGGUGCCAAACGUCUACGCUUUCGGUGACAUCAGUGAGGGUCGUCCUGAGUUGACCCCAACUGCCAUUAAGGCGGGAAAGCUCCUUGCCCACAGGCUGGUCGGUCACAGCGCCGACCUCAUGAACUAUGACAGCGUGGCCACGACAGUGUUCACCCCACUGGAGUACGGCUGUGUUGGUCUAUCAGAGGAGGAGGCUGAGAGGAGACAUGGAAAAGAUGGGAUAGAGGUUUUUCAUGCCUUCUACAAGCCUCUAGAAUUCACCGUUGCAGAGCGUGAUGCCAGCCAGUGUUACAUUAAGGUUAUAUGUGAGAGGGGAGGUCAUCAGAAGAUUCUGGGUCUCCAUUUUACUGGUCCAAAUGCUGGGGAGGUUAUACAGGGUUUCUCUAUGAGUUUGCAGUGUGGAGCAACAUAUUCUCACCUGUUGCAGACAGUUGGAAUCCACCCCACCUGUGCUGAGGAAGUGGUCAAGAUCCACAUCACAAAGCGCUCUGGUUUGGACCCAACAGUCACUGGCUGCUGAGGUUAAGCACCUUGGUUUCUGAGCACACCGAGCACACAGAGUCCCUACGUGGUUUCUCAGAAGGCCUGGGUUUAUGCUGCUCUCUCUAUUUUCAUCUCUCCAUUAAAAUCUCCCAGUUUUACUGUACUUGCAGGGACUGUUUACUGCACCCUCGUCUGCUGGAGGGUCUGGCCACAGGCCACUGAUUCAGGUCAUCAUUAUCUGCUAAUGCCAACAACCAGGACUGUUAUUGUCCUAUAAACACAGACGUGUGCUAUGAAAGAACAGAGCUAUAGAUCAGGGUAAUGAGAGUGAGGGCCCUGUGCCGAACGGGCUUCUCAUAAAUAAACAAACACAUCAGUCAAGAUUGAAAAAAAAUAUUUAAGAUUUUGUCGAAAAUUCACAAGAAAUGCGGAAUGGGUCUGAAUUUUCUUCUGAAUAUACGUUCUGCAAAUAUUGUUGUUUCUCUGGCUGUACUUCCUGUCCAUUUGUCUUCGAGGUGACACAUACCAUACACCCCCCCCCCCAACAUGACACUGAUGGAUGGCCCCAGGGCCGUCGCUGCAGCGACACCGCUCCAUUUCCCAUGGACACACACACACAAAUAGUCAGCAGGGCUCCUGUCAGUCAGCCUGCAGGCUUGGACCAAGCAGCUCCAGCUUGUUUUCGGCUCAGCAGAGUCCUGCAGACCCCUUCAUUUCCCCCUAUGCACUUCUCCAUGAACAAGCAUGGACACACAUACUAAUAUGUACUGCUAAAGGUGCAUGAAUGCCACAUCCAAGGCUUACGCAGCUCCAUUUAUUGAUAGUACUCAUCUGAGUAUUUCAUUUAAGUUGCACUACCCAAACUUACCCAAGGGUGGCACUGUUGCCCUCCAGUUUUGCAAUAUUUUCUGAGCCAAUAAUGGAAGACAGGAUGAAGCAGUCACUGUAUAAAAUAUAAGCCAGAAUGCACUCAGGUUGCACAUUCAAUCCCUUUAAUCCCUGUUAGAGAUACGUGCCUCCAGAAGAAGCUGGAAAGCAGUCUGACUUUAUUGGUGCCAAGCUGAUAAAGGUUAUCUGUUGUAUAUUUACAUGGUUGGCAGGUUAGCCCUCAAGAGUCAUCAUCCUUGAAGAUAAGGAGACUUGUUUAUAUCAAUAAAGCAUUAAUGGACCCUUGAGUUUGCCAAAAUGCUCAACUGUUCAACCUGCUGCUUGUGUCAGACAUCUUGGCUGUAUUAAGUCAAUGAGGAGAGAGGAGAAGAUGUCAGUAACCAGCAGAAAUCGAAGAAGUCAGCUGGAGUUUAUUUCUAUUUGAACUCUAAUCUGCCGGGUCUGAUUAAUGAUUCCGAUGAGGGGAGUGACAGAUCGUCAGGAGAUGGAGAGAUGGGAAAAAGAGAGCACGAAAGCUACCAGGUUUGUUUGGGCCUCGGCCUGAGGAGAGAGAGCUGAGUACCAGUCCCGGUUGGGGAGGGAAGGGGGAUUCCUGUGUGCUCUGUUCAGGGCCGAGGUGCUGACUGAGGGACCCUGACCUCCGCUCAGCAGGAACAGCUUGACUCUAUCACUUGGAGCACAGAGGGCUCAUGUGCUGUAGCACAGCACAGCAGGGGCCAUGGAAGGGGGGGGUUAAACAGAGAAGGAGGGGCACCCUGGGCCAGGGAGCAGAACCAUCCAACACAAUACUGAGUUGUGCCCUGGGUUACUUAGUCUAUGUUCCUGUGCUUAACGAGCCACUUCAGGGGCCACCAAAGUGGGCCCCAGGCAUUGUAAGGGAAGUCAUUGAGACCAUUGGUUUAACUGUAAUAUCUGUUUGCAUUUUACCCUUCCCUUCCCUUCUGCUGUGUCCUGUGUCCUCUCAUAUACACACAUAUCACACAUAAAAACACUUAUUUCUUUAGUUUUACUGAAAUAUCUCUUGAUUGAUUCCUGUUUAGUAUUGAUAUUGAGGUCAAAUAUUUGCCCUUUAAGCCUCAGCUGUGCUCCACGGUGCAGCAGUGUGCGAGUGGGGGUCAGGGCUCAACUUUCAGGUCGGCCAGCUAAUGAUGACCUGCACUAAAAUCCAGAACGGGCGAGUGCAGGCCUGAUGUCACCUGGCCACAAACUGUAGGACCUGUAAAUAGAGAAAUGUGAUUUUAGUAUAUAUAUAAAAAACAACCCUGUUUACAGUAUCAAUAAUAAAGAAAUGAUGACCACUGUU